AGACUACAUACUAUGGCCUGUGUCUAUGUCAUAGAUGUCUAUGUCUUCAUCUAUGGUCGAUAACCUGUGCUGGCGAUUUAUUGUUUAUGUUACCACCGACUGAUCAACAUCGCACGUGUUGAGUGAAGAGCGUUACUUAUUUUACAAUUUACUUAAAACUAAACAAUGGAAAGUAAGUUUGACGUACGUACGUUUACUUGCACGACUUGUAAUGUACAGUACUUGAGUCCUGAAAUUCAAGUUACACACUUUCUAACAGACUGGCACAGACUCAACUUGAAGCGAAGAGUGGCCAAGCUGUUCCCCUUUUCACAGGAAGAGUUCGUUGCCAAGUUGGAAGCGAAAAGGAUCGCCGAUCUACAGCCCAAAGAUCACGGCGUAUAUUGCAACGUGUGCCGAAAGUCCUUCGGCACUGACAAUGCAUAUGAAAAUCACAUAAAUUCCAAAAAGCACAAGGAAAAAGCGGCACACUUUACUGGGGCAGAGCAGAGCACGCGGGCUCGCUCGCCUGUUCCCGUUGAACCUACAGAGAUUAAUAUUGAUCCAGGAGAAAACGAAGAUGACUGGGAUGAUGUGGAGAAUCCGAUCGACAACAACGAUUGCAUUUUUUGCCUGAAACACAGCAAAAGUUUUAUGGACAAUCUGGACCACAUGACGAUUGUGCACAGCUUUUUUAUACCGGACAUUGAGUACUGCAGCGAUGUACAGGGGCUGUUGAGUUAUUUAGGUUCAAAGAUCUCCGCAGGCUUCAUGUGCCUGUGGUGCAACGAAAAGGGCAGAACAUUCAAGUCGGCAGAAGCGGCCAGGUCGCACAUGAUCGACAAAGGCCAUUGCAAGAUGGUCCAUGAAGGGGCUGUCUUAGCCGAGUACGUCGACUACUAUGACUAUUCCCGCUCAUAUCCGGAUGCUGCGGACAAUCCGAAUCCAGAUGAAGAGGUAGCAGUGCCAGAGCUGGAUGGGUCCGACUAUAAACUGGUGCUUCCUUCGGGCGUAACUAUCGGCCACAGAAGCUUGAUGCGAUUCUACAAACAGAGCUUCUACAAACCUAACAGGGACAUGGAUCUUGUCUUGAAGAAAGACAAGCACCUUCAUAAGGUGUUGGCGUCGUACAGGGCCCUGGGCUGGUCUCAAACUGAUCAACGAUUGGCUGCAAAAACCGCUAGAGACGUGCACUUUUUAAAGCGGAUGCAAUCGAAAUACAUGAUGAAACUGGGAGUGAAAAGCAAUAAACUACAGACUCAUUUCAGACAACAAAUCAACUACUAGGACGGCAGCAAAUUGUGUGUGCACGUGAGGCCAUGGGCUGUGUUUGAUUCAACUUUUUUUUUUUGUAUUAUACACAACUGUGUUAAUAAAGUAUAAUUUGCAA